AUGGAUAUGUUUCUCAACAUCAUCCGCUCUAAUUAUUUAGAUGAAACAAAGCCAAAGGAGGUCAUAGAGUCAGACCUGCAAGAUCCUUCGCCAACUCAGAGUGCCACGGUUGACCUAUGCGCCACAAGGCCCUGCAAUGGAAAUGCAGUAUGUCAGAUGGCGGAUGGUACCGCCAUUUGUAGGUGUAAACUGGGCUACUUCUAUAACCGUACUGAAUGUACAGAUGUGGACGAAUGUCUGGCCAGUUCCUCAUGUCCGUCUCAUUCUGACUGUGUUAACAACGAAGGCAGUUUCUCAUGUCAGUGUAAGCCAGGUUUCGUGGUUACGACCGAAGGCUGUGAAGACAGGGACGAGUGUCUUAGCUUUCCUUGUCCCGGCCACGCCCACUGUAACAACACCGACGGAAGUUACUUGUGUACUUGCUACGAUGGAUUCGUCAGUGUCGACGACAAAUGCCUAGACAUUAAUGAAUGCGAGAAUGAUCCGGCCAAGUGUCCAAUUAACUCGGACUGUGUGAACAUUGACGGUGGACACUUGUGUGUGUGUCGUAAUGGCUUCAACAAGGCCAAUGACACAUGUGCAGACGUAGACGAAUGUAAAAGUCAAGCGACGUGCCAUUCUAACUCCAAAUGCAGUAACACAGUGGGUAGCUACCAAUGUGUUUGUGAAGACGGCUUCCAAGACAAGAUCACUCACUGUGAAGAUAUAAAUGAAUGUCUAACUGGUUUUUGUGGAGACAAUGCUGACUGUCUUAACACCAAAGGAAGUUACCAAUGUUCGUGUAAGACUGGAUACACCAACAUCAAUAACGUCUGUGAAGAUAUUAACGAGUGUAAUACACACCCUUCCCUAUGUCCAAGUCAUUCCGACUGUGACAAUGCAGCUGGCAGCUACACGUGUACAUGUAACACAGGGUACGGUAUGGUUGAUGGCGGGUAUUGUGGAGAUAUUGAUGAGUGUUUAUGGUCACCCUGUAUGGAGUUUGCUUCAUGUGUCAAUUCCGUAGGAAGUUACACGUGUUUGUGUCGGCCUGGCUUCAGCAUGGAAGGAAAUACAUGUGUCGAUGCAAGGGUCUUCAAUGCUACAAUCAAAGUGCUGGGAGUGAAUGGCAGUGAUGCAGUUUACAGCGACGAUUUGACGGAUGAGGAGUCCCAGAUGCAUACAUUUGUGACAGGCUCGUUCAAAUCCUCGGUACUCCAGGUUUUCUCGAGCUCUGGAUUUAAAAUCGGCUACUUUGGAACAGUGAUAGAAAGAUAUGCACCAGGAAGUAUUAUCAUCAUAUCAACAGUAUAUUUACACAUCGACAGUACAGCUGAGGAAGGCGACAUUGUCGACUCGCUUGUGGCAGGGAUCCCUGUACUACGAUCAGAAGGGCUCGAGGUCCUACCAUCAGAUAUAACUGUUACAGCUAUAGACGAGUGUGAGAGCGAGGAUUGGAACAGCUGUUCCCCGUACUCUGCCUGUACCCAGUCAUCGGGUGUGUACAUCUGUACCUGUAACUCUGGCUACAUGGACAUAGGCAUGGAUAGCGGACAGCCCCAGGGAUCAACAUGUGCAGUGAUUGACGAGACCAACCAGGACCCAAUAGUAGGCUUUGUUUUGACGACUGAACACCAUUUCUACCGUGUGGGAGAUACCGUCAGGUUUACUCUUCAGCUCACCAGAGGAUCACAUGUCGAGUACACUGCUGAUUACGGGGAUGGAGAAGUAUAUAUUGUCAACGAUCCAGAGGAACUUGCUUUCAUUUCGCCAGUGUCCUUAACACAUAGGUAUUCUUCUGCUGGAAACUAUACAGUUGAUAUUUCUGCAAGGAACACCCCUUCCCACCACACAGUUAGUCAACACGUGUUUAUCCAAGAUGGUAUUUCAAACUUGCUCCUGACUUGUAAAGAACGAAACCUGUCUUAUCCGGGAGACAUCGACUUUGUGAUCACCUCCAAGUCUUUGAUAUCAUUCGCGGACCUCCACAUGCGGUUUAUGUUUGGUGACGGUGAAACCCUGUAUGAGUAUGUCGGUUAUGCUCAAUACGACUCGCUCUUCACGUUCAGACAUACGUUCAACCCUGGGGUUUACCAAACCACCUUAAACAUAUCCAACAUGGUGAGUUUUCUGAUUACAAAGAAAAUGUUUAUUAUCGAAGAGCCUAUUUCAGGACUGAGUGUCUCCAGUAGUAAAUACGUUCUAGCCCGUGGAACAGAAAUAGUGAUUUCACUGAGGACACUAACAGGAUCUAAUAUAACAUUUCAUGUAGAUUUCGGAAAUAACGAAAGUACUUCUCUGUCAUUAAACAACAUUCGCCGUGGACCUUCGUCUGUCCAUCUACCAUUCACAUACACAGAUGUGGGAACUUAUAACGUAACAGUCAUUGCUCAUAACACCAACUCUUCUAAGACAGCGGUAUCUGAUCUUAUCUUCGUACAGAAUCCUGUUAUAGACGUUGUUUUAAAGGUAUCUAAUCCCCUAAUAUUGUCUCCACCUGGUGAUAUAUACGCUGAACUCUCAUACGUUGGAGAUAAAGAUCCGCCAUCGCACGUGUUAUGCAUGAUAUUGUUGAACAACACGUACUCUUCGAGUGUUUACAUAGAACUAAUGGAUAAUGCUAAUCCGUCCUACCUUAAUUCAUCUUGGGAUACCGCCGAAUCUGUAGGAGAUGUAGAACUGUUUGUAAAUUGUUCUAACAAAUUGAAUGCAGCACUGAUUAUUAACUGGAUCAGCAUCCAAAGAAAAAUAGAGGGGUUAUCGAUUAAUGUAAACAAAUUGUACAUACCUGUAAAUGGACAGAUCGAUUUCGAUUUCUUUAUUGGUGUUGCGUCGCAUGCCAAAUACGAAAUAUCGUUCAAAGAUGGCCACGUUGUAUCGGGAGCGUUAGAUCAAGAUAUAUUCUUCAAUAGGCAGAUAUCAUUAACCCACACGUUUCGGCAGAAAGGAAUAUACGCUGUGACUUUCAUUGUUAGAAACGCUGUGUGGACAGCAUCAGUUGAUAUAGACAUUUGGGUACUGACAGAGGUGAAGGGACUGGCAUUCGUGAGAUAUUAUGCUAUGUCCGAUAAGUUCGACUUAUCCAACUACGGACACGGCGACAAAAGUAACAUAUUUCCGCUGGAAAGGGAUCUCAUAUUAAACGCCUCAGUGUCGAGCGGCAAUCAUCUGACGUUCUCCUGGAAUUUUGGAGACGGCGUGUCCUUGGCAACCUAUGAUGAAGUUAUGAGGCGGAAGUUUAUUAGUCCAGGCACGUACAACGUUACACUGAACGCUUCCAAUCCUUUGUUUUCUGCCUCAGAAAAUGCUGUCAUUACCUUCCAGCAUAUCGUUCUGAUGCAACAUAUAACAAACGACGGUCCGUCAGAUGCGUUUGAAUUAAUUACGUUUGAAUUGGAAUUAGCACGACCUGGAACUGAUUCCUGUUUUAUUUGGUACAUGGGUGACGAUUCUCAGGAAACAAUUUAUGGCGAAAGUGAAUGCGAAGACGUCGCGAGAACAAACAAAUACUACUAUAUAAACUGGUCACCAACUGGAGUUCUGCAGCAUUCGCAUAUGUAUAGAACCAAUGGUACCUUUAUCGUGAAUGUGACAGGAUUCAACGAAGUGUCAACUCAGACCGUCACUGAUUUGGCAAUCAUAACUGGAAUAAGUUGUUUCUAUCCUAAGGUCAAUAUUGAGGGAGGUGGGCAGCAAAUCGAUCUUCCAGUACAUCACCACAAAUCAAAGAGAAUCAUUCUUCAGAGCACAGCGGAGAUCAACUGUAAUUCUUCUAAGGAGGUGAGCUACGAGUGGAAUAUUUACAAGAUCGAUGAAGGUAAAACGUAUUUGGACUACAUCUUUCAAGAAUACCCAAUACAUCUCGUGGCUACUGAUCACUUUAGAAUACUGUUACCACCAAGUACCUUUCUGGCUGGUCAAUAUAAGAUAGUUUUGAACGUGUCCAUGUUUGAGAUUCACGGGCUAUCCUCUGUCCAUUUCACGUACUUGAACAUCACCGACACGCCACUGUCUCUCCGUUUUGUCGGCGGCAUCAUGCGAAGCGUCGGCUUUAACACUGAGUUUGUCAUUGAUGCUUUGUCCAAUACAUACGAUCCGGAUGUCCUCGAUACUGCAAACAAAACGGGAUUAACAUUUACAUGGAGGUGUCGUCUCUCACACGAAACGUUUCCAGACGAUAGUUUAGCAUAUGUAGAGAUCCCGACCACUGAACAGCGGCAAAACAUGACUUGGGGACAAGGCUGUUUUGGAACGGGAAUCGGCAAUUUGAACUGGACAGCUGGAAUAUUGCCGUUGAAUUCGUUCCUAUUACAACCUCGAACUGAAAAUGUAUUUGAGGUGGUUGUACAGAAACGCGAUAGAGCGUCGACUGCCCAGCAAACUUUAGUUGUUAUAGAUGGAAAACCUAAGCAGUUAAAUAUCAAGUGUGAGAUCAAUUGUAAUACCAAGAUGAAUCCCUCGGGUGAAUUCCUCCUGCUUGGACGCUGUCGUGACUGUAGCCAGUUUGAUAACAUACAGUUUAAAUGGUCCUUAUUUCUGGAAAAUCUGACUACGCAGAAAUUCAAAGAAGUCGUUGAGCUUAAAGAAUUCGCAGAAGGGGAUAUCACAAGUUCAGUAUUGGUGUUGAAACCGGCGACAUUGACAGGGGGCAGGGUAUACCGCCUUAAACUGGAAGCACAGGUGCAUGGCUAUGCAGAUUCUUUUACCGUGUACGAGUUUGUUACCAAUUUACCUCCCUAUGGUGGCAUGUGUAAUGUGAUUCCUGAAAAAGGGUUUGCUCUUGAAACAUCUUUCACGAUCGCCUGUCAUGGCUGGAAGAAUCAUGGCGAGGAUCAAGAUCAUUUGUUGUACACGUUUUGGUUAAGACCCGUGGAUAGCAACCAUCUCCAGCUGUUGUAUUAUGGAACCCACCCGUACACGCCCGACUCACAGUUUCCUUUGGGACCCAGUAAACAUGACCACAUUAUCGACAUUAUCGUUAGAAUCCAGAAUCCAAUUGGAGAAUACGUUGAAUACCGAUUGGAAGUUCAGGUGAUGAACCCAUCUGAGGGAAAACAAGUUGACUCGCUGAUAGGACUGGCCUCUGGGGAUAACAACGAGAUUUCAAGUCUAUUGUCGUCGGGGAAAAGUCAGGAGGCCAAGCAGCUGAUCGUGGCUAUGGUUUCCCUUAUCAAUGAUUCACCGCUUAAUUUUGCGGAAGUCGACCAGAGUGUGGUGGUAAAUCCAACAACUGCUCGACAGCCCAAUCAAACGAAUAUUAAUACAAUACAAGUUGAUACCACAACGCUCGAAACCACCAGCGCGACUAGUUCGAGCUCCACCGGUUCAAAAGUCUCGACAAUUAUUACAACUACAGUCGAUCCAGUCAAAGCCGAGGAGGAAAGACUGAAAAAAGAACAAGAAGAAAAAGAGAAACGCAUACAGUUUCGUGAGGUACUGGCCACCACUCUAGAACAGCAGACCAACUCCCUGACAAUAAACUCCCUACAACAAACGGCUAUGUGCUUUGCUGUGGUGACACACGAGACAACAGAGCUUUCCGACAACACACAGGACAGUGUAGUGAAUUCCAUGCUGAAAAUGGCGAACUCUCUAGACGAAUUCGUGGAUAAUUCAAAGUCUGAAUCGAUGGAUCAAGAAUGGAACACUGCAGUGGACAUGUUGUCUUCCCUUGGGAGUGUUGCUAAGGCCGCCGUUGACAUGUCCCUGGAGGGGAGCCCCUAUGUUACCGAUACCAGACAAACGCAGAGCCCAACACAGCCAGCAGGAAGCAAUAAUAGUAAUACUACGCAGGCGCAUUCCACAACGACGCAAACAACUCGGUCGACUACCCUAUCCGAUAAAGAAAUUCGAAGACAAAAGGUAAAAGAAAUAACUACUAAGGUUCUGCAAGUGGCAGAGAUAUUGUACCAGGCCGCCAUAAAGACACGUUUCCCUGGUGGCCCACCACUACGCCUCGAAGCAGAGCAUUUAUCUAUGGUUGCAGAAAGGAGAGAGGUUAGCAAGCUGCUAAAGGCAGUAGUAAACGUCACGAGCGGCGCCUUUGCCAUGCCAUCUUCAGAUGAAAUCAUCAGUAGCAGUGCAAACACGUCUUACAUUGAUUCCAAGGUUUUAAGUGCAAGUCAGAACACCUACGUUUGGGACGACAGCUCCUCGAAGAUAAAGACCCCAGUACUCUCUCUGUCUCUGUACGACAGUGAUAAGAAUGAAAUUCCUAUAGCAGACCUAGAGGAAGAUAUCACCAUAGAUAUAACCAUUCCUUCCGAGAUUUCUAACAACGUCCGAAUGAGUAGCGUCUCCAAUUUGGAUGAAAAACUUUUACAGUUUGUCGUAGAGGCGGGCUCUAAUGAUACUUCAAUUCACUUUAUUAUCCGGCCCGAGGGAUACGUCCCCCUUGAAGUGUAUGUAAGGUACAAUGACCCUCCCACUGUGGAUACCUAUGACGAUAUAUUCAGCAUCCCACGGCAUGAUGCAGUACCUGACAGUGUCGAGGACGCUGAUAUGCGGGAUGAACUGGCUCACACUGUAUUCAUAUCACCGGAAUUUGUACAGAAGCAUGGUAUAGGGUCUUACGUAAUCGCCAUUAAACCUUUCGAAAACAAAACGGAUGAAGUUGAAACAUAUGAUGAAUACUAUGCUGACUACAUAGGACCUACGGUUAAGGAAGAAAUACGAGUCAACUUUAGUAUUACAUACAGAACAUCAGGAUGCUCAUUCUGGAAUGUAGCAGAGGAGAAGUGGAUGUCCAAUGGCUGUAGGGUCAGUCCACUUUCGAACAGCAAAUUUACGAGGUGUCUUUGUAACCAUUUAACAUCCUUCGGGGCUGAUUUCUACACACCGCCUAACAAGAUAAAUUUUAACACUGUAUUCGACAACUUGGGCGCAAAGAUCGCUGACAACUGGGCAGUCCUGGCCACACUUGUCGCCAUCUUUGUCUUAUUCUUCAUAUUGGCUGUAUGGGCACGUCACAAAGAUAAACUUGAUAUCGUUAAGUGGGGCGUGGCUCCAUUAGCAGACAACGUGGUUAGUGACCCGUACUAUUACCAGAUCGCGGUAUUUACUGGGAUGAGGAGAGGCGGGGGCACCAAGUCAAAGAUCAGCUUUGUACUGGCCGGUGAUAAUGAGGACACGGGUGUACGACAUCUCACGGACGAAAAAGGAAUCAAGGUUUGUAGUAGGGGCAGCGUGAACAACUACGUGAUGAGUUCCCAGCAGUGGUUGGGACCUCUUACGUACUUACGUAUCUGGCAUGACAAUAAAGGAAAAGGAAAACACCAGGGAUGGUAUCUCAGCAAGGUCGUUGUAUCUGACCUUCAGACAGGGCAAACGUAUUUUUUCUUGUGCAAUCGUUGGUUGGCGGUAGAGGAGGAUGAUGGAAUGAUUGAUCGGAUGUUACCCGUGGCUGGAACAGAGGACCUCACUAAAUUCAAUACUCUAUUCUUGACCAAGACGAAGCGGAGCCUCACUGAUUCUCAUCUGUGGGUAUCAGUAUUCUCUCGACCGCAGCGAAGUCACUUCACGAGAGUUCAGCGUUUAUCCUGCAUUCUGUCUCUGGUGAUGACGACAAUGGUAGCUAACGCUAUGUUCUAUAGAACAGAGGAUAAUGUUGAGAACAAAGAAUCAUUCGUAAUAGGACCGAUCGAGUUUUCUCUUAGCGGACUUUACAUCAGUUUCAUUAGUAGUCUAGUUGUCUUACCUGUUAACUUGAUCAUCGAUAACAUAUUCCGUAAAACAAGACCACGACAAAAUAAAGUAACGAAUUCAUUUGUGAGUAAUAUCCAGCCCUUGAGAACUCUCUCACAGGUAGACCUUAGGCCAUGCAAGGUAGAUGAUGACACCAAAAUAUCUGAUGUGACAGACGAUGAUUUCGACGUCCAAAAGAAAAAUCUAAAAAGUGAAUCUGCAAACACAAUUGGCGGAGUAUCAACAGCCUCGGAUAAAGCAUUGAUUAGUAGGGGAUCCGUAUCAAGGCCAGCGACCGCAAACCCUAAACAGCCGAAGGCAAACUUCAGCCUCCCGCCGCCAUGUAUAUAUAUAGCAUGGACCCUAGUGUUUUUGUCUUCUGUGAUAUCCGGCUUCAUCACCUUCCUCUACAGCAUGGAAUGGGGAAAGGAGAAGUCGCUGGCAUGGCUGUCAGCAAUGUUGCUGUCUAUCGGAGAGUCAAUUACGGUGAUCCAACCAACAAAGAUCAUCACUAUUGCUGUCAUCAUAUCCGCCCUGUUGAAGAAACCGGAUGUAGAAGAGGUCGUGGACAAUGACGACACGCAAAUGGCACCAAAGCCUGACGAGGAACUUCUGUUUACAAAACCGACCAAAGCACUUCGUCCUCAUGUAAAAGUGGAUGCACCAGAUCCGGAGAAACUGGCAGAGGCUCGAAAAAAACGCCUAAACGAGAUCCAUAUGCACCAAAUCAUCAGAGAAGUUAUCUUCUACUUCAUCUUCUUGGCACUGAUAUUACUGGUGGCUAGUCAUAGUAGGGAUCCAAAAGCCUUCAAUGUAAAGACUGCCAUUCUGAAUAUGGUCAACCCAAAAAACGUGAGGACAGUGGCCGAUUUCUGGUCUUGGCUGGAGAAGGUAAUACUACCAAACAUGUACCUCACCCAGAAAUGGAACGGGGAUCCGGCUGAUUCAGAAGAGCAACGGCUUAUCUCUACCCGUACGGCCUACCGCAUCGGACCAAUACGUAUCCGUCAGCAGCGCGUUAAGAAAGAGGGCUGCAAGGUAUCGAAGUAUAUGCGUCAUAUCAUAACCAGCUGUGCUGUUGACUGGGGCAUUGAUGACGCCGACGACCAGGAGUACCAGGAAUCCUGGCGUCCACUUAACGUGAACGAAUCAUUUGAUCACAUUGUCAACUAUCCAUGGAAGUACCGUCCGUUCUUGAACACAGGAGGACUACCGUAUGCUGGAGAUCUUGGUGUUUACCCUGGUGGAGGGUAUAUAGUGGAUUUCAUCGGAAAGAGGGAACGUGCCUUUCAGUUCCUUAGUGAUUUACGCCAAAAGAACUGGAUUGACCGUUAUACACGUUCAGUGUUCCUGAUGUUCACUGUCUACAACGCUAACGUAAACAUGUUUUCAACUGUUAAUAUUGUAUUUGAACUGCCCAGUACUGGUGAAUUUAUGGUAAAGGAAAAUAUUAAAGCGUUCCGGUUGUUUUCGUAUCUGGGAGGAUACGGCAUAUUUGUUAUAUUUUGUGAGGUAUCAGCGGCAAUUAGCGUUAUAUACUUUUUUAUCAGAGAAUGCAAGAAAAUCCGAAAGGAAAAGAAAAUCUACUUCAAAAGUUUCUGGAAUAUAUUGGAGCUGCUUACUAUGCUAACAGCAAUGGGGUGUAUCGUCAUGUACCUCAUACGACACUUCAUCACAGCUGUUGCCGUGUCAAGUGUGACGAAACUGCGAGAUAAAUUCUACAAUUUUGAAAAGGUCGCCAUGUGGGAUGAGGUUUUUGGCUAUGUUAUGGCAUUUACCAUCUUCGCAUCAAUUAUCAAACUGAUCCACAUGUUCCGUUUCAACAGGAAGAUGUCUAUGAUCGCAGGGACAUUGAAAAAUUCUACCAGUGACAUAUCUGCUUUCUCCGUUGUCUUUGUUGUGUUUCUCACAGGCUUUGCUAUUUGGGGGUACAUCAUGUUUGGUCGCAACAUGGCAUCCUAUAAGAGCAUGAUUCAAUCCAUCGAAACGUUACUGGCAUUUUCCUUAGGAGAAUACGACUACCUAGCUCUAGUCAAUGCUAAUCGGAUCUUCGGCCCAUUGUUUUUCUUCUCAUUUUUCCUUUUUAUUAACUUUAUUCUUAUAAAUGUCUUCGUUACAAUCCUGAACGAAUCCAUCGCCGCUGUCAGAAACGAUGUUUCCAAGCAAAGUAAUGAGUUUGAAAUCGUGAAUUUUGCUUGGACAAGAUUUAAAAGCUGGAUUGGAAUAGACUUUGACAGAAUAUUGUUGGAUGUACAAAGGAAAUACAUGAUUGGUAAAUGUGACGAGGCGCCCCCUACCAUUGACGAUUCCAUGAAAAACAUCGCCAGUAAGCUCGACACUAUUAUCAGCCGACUGGAAAAACUGGACAGAGCAGACGGAGGAAAGCAGGAGGGAAGACUGCAGCAAAGUCCCCCCCAACUCACCAUUCGCAGUGAUACUCCCCUCUUCACCAGACUUUUCCCUACUCUUGGUCGGCAAAAGAUCAAUCUUGAAUAAUGAAACACGAUACAUAUUUUUGAUAGAUAAUAUAGAAGUAAAGAUCACAGCCAAGCCUUUUUAUGUGGAAACAAAGUCCCGCAACUUAUAAAAAUGAGAGGAAAUGUUCAGCUUUGGAAUGUAUAUUAUACUGAAACUCAAGAAUGUAUCACGCUGAUGAUAAACAUAUUGUCGGAGAUGGGAUUCCCCGAUUCUACAUAUAUG